AUGGCUGCUUCAUGCAACUCAAUAAGGAAACUCCCUUUCUUUCUCUUUCAGGCCUCCUUAUAUUUUUCUUUCUCUCAGCUGGCAACCCCAUUGUAUUUCAGCUUUCCCAUUUUUGAAAUAUCAAAAGCAAAUCAAACCAUCACGCUCUUCCAAGACGCAUUAAUAUCCGUCCAACACUCCAUCCAUCUCACAGAAAGCCAAAUUAACGCAGACCGUGAUUUCCGCAUUGGUCGAGCAUCAUAUGGUAAGUCAGUUCACCUCUGGGAGAAAAAGACACGAAAGCUGACGGACUUCACCUCCCAUUUCUCCUUUAAAAUCACUUCAGACAACAAUGACGCUACCCCUCCAGGGGAUGGGAUUGCGUUCUUCCUCACUGAUACCAGAAAUUCAGCCAUCUCCAAUUCUACAGUAGGUGGUGGUCUUGGUAUUUUUAGCUCAACAUCUACUGCUAAUGUUUCCAAUUCCAUUGUUGCGGUGGAGUUUGAUACCUUCAAGAAUAAAUGGGACCCAGAUGGCAAUCACAUCGGUAUCAACAUCAACUCCAGCGUAUCUGUGAGGAAUGUGACAUUGAGCACUAGUAUGAAGGAUGGGAAGCGGGCUAGAGUUUGGGUUACUUACAAUUCAAGUUCGCAUUUAUUGAGUGUUUUCUUGACAUUUAAUAGCACUAUAAAAUUGAAAGAGCUCUCACCUUGCCUUUUUCAUACCCUUAAUCUCAGGGAUUACCUUCCUGAAUGGGUCACUGUAGGAUUCUCUGCAGCCACCGGAAAUGCCACCGAACUACAUGAGAUUUUGUGCUGGCAAUUUUAUUCCAGUUUGGAGGAGACGGGUAAGAAUCGGAGGAUUUUGUUGAAAAUUUUGGUUCCAUGUGGAGCUGCCGGCAUAGUUGGUGGCUUGGUUUUGGUUUGGUGUAUCAUGAGGAGAAAGAAGCAAGAAAGUGAUGCAGAUGCAGACGAGGAUGAAGAUGAAGAUGAUGCAGAAUUUGGUGCGGCGAUGGAUAAUGAAUUCAAAAUGGAAACCGGACCUAGGCGAUUCUCAUAUGCUGAAUUGGCUCGUGCAACUAAUAACUUCGACGAGGAAGGAAAGCUCGGCGAGGGAGGAUUUGGAGGUGUUUAUAGAGGCUUCUUGAGAGAUCUCAACUUGGAUGUUGCUGUGAAAAGGAUCUCUAAAGGGUCUAAACAAGGGAUAAAGGAGUAUGUCUCCGAGGUGAAGAUCAUAAGUCAAUUGCGGCACAAGAACCUGGUGCAACUUCUUGGUUGGUGCCACCAACGGAAAGAGCUACUCCUUGUCUAUGAGCUCAUGCCUAAUGGGAGUCUUAAUUCCCAUCUAUUUGGAGACAGAUCAGGCUACUUGACAUGGGAGAUGAGGUACAAGAUAGCUCUUGACUUGGCCUAUGCAUUGCUCUAUUUGCACGAAGAGUGGGAGCAAUGCGUCAUCCACAGGGAUGUCAAAUCCAGCAAUGUAAUGCUAGAUUCAAACUUCCAUGCUAAACUUGGGGAUUUUGGUCUGGCUAGGCUUGUGGAACACGGGAAAGGGUCAGAAACUACUAUCUUAGCUGGUACCCUGGGUUACAUGGCACCUGAAUGUGUCAUAACUGGGAAGGCUAGCAAAGAAUCUGAUGUCUAUAGCUUUGGAAUGGUUGCUUUGGAGAUUGCCUGUGGUAGAAAGCCUAUCAAGAUGAAUGAUCCUGAUCCAAGUAAGGUAAGAUUAGUAGAAUGGGUUUGGGAGCUCUAUGGAAGAGGAAAGCUUCUUGAGGCAGCUGACCCAAGUCAAGGUGUGGACUUUAAAGAGCAACAGAUAGAGCAUUUAUUAAUUGUUGGGAUAUGGUGCGCUCACCCAGAUUACAAUCUCCGACCUUCAAUUAGGCAAGCCAUGCAAGUUCUCAACUUCGAUGCUCCAAUGCCUGUUCUCCCACCGACCAUGCCUGAGCCUACGUAUUUUUGCUCUCCGUCUGAUCUGUCUACAUUUGCGAUUACGUCCUUUUCCAAUGGUACUACACUCAGCCAACCUUCAAUCAACCCUGACCCCACGUCCGGUGAAAAUGAAGUUAAUGUGUUAUUAAACUAA